ACCCCAAUUCACUUCAGUGUUGUUUCGGGAGUUAAACCAACUUUGGGUUCGAUACACAUGCGCACCACCGCCUACCAUCCGGAAGGCAAGGGCCUAGUCGAACGCUUCCACCGACAACUUAAGUCCGCUAUCAUCGCGACUUCAGCUAGUGUUAACUGGGCAGAACGCCUUUUCAUCAUUCUUCUGACCUUCCGAUAG